ACCACGCUCUUCUUUUCUCCCUAUCACACACACACAUUUGCCUUUUCGCAAAACCUUUUCAAUGAUUCCUCCAAGAAUCUCGUUCGAUGCUGAAAAGCUCCUAUUUGUGGCUCUCUCCCUUUUCCCGAUUGUCGUCACUUUCAGCAAUGGCGCUCACCCAGCAGUGGUGCAGGGCAGCAAUAACAGCAAUCCAACAACGAUCGCGGUGAACGUUGGGGUGAUCCUUGAUCUGGAGACGCAGGUGGGUCAGAUGGGAUUGACCUGCAUUAACAUGUCUCUCUCUGAUUUUUAUAGCUCGAACCCUUCCUACAAGACUAGACUCGUCCUCAACGUUAGAGACUCCAAACGAGAUGAGGUUGCCACCGCCGCUGCAGCACUUGAUCUGAUAAAGAACAAGCAAGUCCAAGCCAUACUAGGCCCUCAAGGUUCAGCGCAAGCAGACUUCCUCAUCCACCUUGGAAACAAAUCUCAUGUACCAAUCAUCUCUUUUUCUGCUACUAGUCCUUCCCUCAGUUCCAUCCGGAGUCCAUACUUCAUUCGAGCUGCGCAAAAUGACUCGUCCCAAGUGAAUGCCAUAAGCGCAAUCGUGCAAGCUUUUGGCUGGAGAGAAGCGGUCCUCAUAUACGUGCACAACGAGUUCGGAGAAGGUAUCAUACCUUCUCUAAGGGAUGCUUUGGAAGAGGUCAACACGCGAGUGCCCUAUCGGAGCCUCAUUCCUCCUACAGCCACAGACGAUCAAAUUCUGCAGGAACUAUACAAAUUAAUGUCGAUGCAAACGAGGGUGUUCAUUGUGCACAUGUUACCUACGCUUGGUUCUCGGCUAUUUGCCAAAGUAAAAGAGGUGGGAAUGAUGAAUGAAGGUUAUGUGUGGAUCUUGACUAAUGGAAUCACUAACCUAUUGAGUUCUGUGGAUUCAUCUAUUGUCACAAGUUCGAUGCAAGGAGUACUGGGCAUCAGGACUUAUGUCCCAGGCACGCCAAAUCUAGACAACUUCAUGGUUCGAUGGACGACGAAAUUCCAACAGGACAAUCCAUCCAUCCUUAAUCCUACAUUGAACAUUUUCGGAUACUGGGCUUAUGAUGCUACUCAGGCAUUGGCAAUGGCAGUCGAGGAAAUGGGUGUGCUCAAUUUUACCUUCAACAUAUUGAAUGCUUCAACAGAUGCAACGGACCUCAACACUAUCGGGGUCUCUCGGAAUGGACAGAAACUUCUGCAAGAACUAGGCGAUACGACAUUUGCAGGCCUCACUGGAAAUUUUAGCCUCAUCAAUGGGCAGCUAGAGUCAUCAACGUUCCAGAUUGUUAAUAUCAAUGGAAAUGCAGCAAGACGCAUUGGGUUUUGGACUCAAGAAAAUGGGUUGCUAAGAGAUUUGAAUUCAAUCAACACAAGCAAAUAUUCCACUUUGAAGAGUGAUCUCUUAUCUAUUAUAUGGCCAGGAGAUUCGACUUCUGUUCCUAAGGGAUGGGAGAUUCCCAUUAAUGGGAAGAGGUUGAAAAUCUUAGUUCCUGUGAAGUAUGGCUUCGAGCAAUUCGUAAUGGUGAUUCGAGAUCCUAGCACGAACACAUCCCAAGUCACCGGAUAUUGUAUCAGCAUCUUUCAAGCUGUGGUAGAAAAAUUGCCUUAUGCUUUACCUUAUGAACUUAUUCCGUUUGCCUUCGCUAAUGGAACUAGCGCUGGCAGUUACGAGGACAUGGUUGAUCAAGUAAUUUACCAGAAAUAUGAUGCGUUGGUGGGCGAUACGACGAUCAUUGCAAACAGAUCAUUGUACGUGGACUUCACCUUACCAUACACUGAAUCAGGAGUUGUGAUGCUUGUGCCAUACAAGGACAACAAGAGCAAGAAUGCUUGGAUUUUCUUGAAGCCACUCACUUGGGAACUUUGGCUGACAACCGGAUGCUUCUUUGUGUUUAUAGCAUUGGUCGUGUGGAUUCUCGAGCAUCAAAUUAACGAAGAUUUCAGGGGUCCAGCAACACAUCAAUUUGGCACAAGCUUCUGGUUUUCUUUUUCAACCCUGGUUUUUGCACAAAGAGAGAGUGUAUUAAGCAACCUAGCGAGAUUUGUUGUGAUCGUGUGGGUUUUUGUGGUACUUAUACUUACACAAAGUUAUACGGCAAGCUUGAGCUCUCUUUUGGUGGUGCAAAAUCUUCAACCAACUGUAACUGAUGUAAAUCAGCUCCUAAAGAGUGGAGAAAAAGUGGGAUACCCGCGUGGCUCUUUUGUACAUGAUAUGCUAAAGGAAAUGAAGUUCACUGAUUCCAAACUUGUCCCCUAUCAUUCAGUGGAAGAAUGCGAUGCGCUUCUUUCAAAUGGAAGUGCAAAGGGUGGGAUCGCAGCAGCAUUUGAUGAAGUCCCCUACAUUAAACUCAUUCUUUCUCAAUAUUGCAACAAAUAUACCACGAUCCCAACAUUUAAAACUGCUGGAUUUGGCUUCGUUUUCCCAAAAGGGUCUCCACUAGUAGGGGAUAUCUCAGGAGCAAUCCUUAAUGUAACUGAAGGGCCUAAAAUGAAGGAAAUCGAAAACUCGUGGCUUGGAUCGACAACCAACUGCUUGGAUUCGACUGCCUCAGUUUCUUCCAAUAGCUUGGGUCUUGACAGUUUCUGGGGCCUAUUCUUGAUUGCUGGAGCAGUUGCAACUUUAGCUCUCCUCAUUUUCGUAGUCAUGUUCGUCAAAAGAAAUUGGCAUAUCGCAGCAAGUUCUUCAGGAACAUUGUGGGGGAAAUUUGUUGCAUUGGGACGAAGAUUUUACCAAAGAGACUUUAAUUACCACACUUUUAGAAAAGGCAGAUCUAGAGAUAGAAGCACGGUUGAGGGUGCCAAAGAGAAUAAACCUGUUGAAACUAUAGAAAACAUGAACUCCCCCCCGAGUCUGUCAAGCAACUCCAGCCAAAUCGACGACGUUAAUGAGCACGGCACACCAUCUGCAGCACAACUUCCUAUUCAUGUAGAAGAAGGCUGCCCGGAGACGACGAGCUUACCAGUGUAAAUUAGGAGAGGUAUAUGCCUCAAGAACCUUAGAUACUAAACUUUAAUCCUCAACUAGUUGAACUCUGUACUUUUAGAUGACGAUAUCUUCCCCCUCAUUUUCUUCUCAUGUAAGGCCUGCCAUUGAUACUGCUUAUUGCCUAGUCACAGACAAUGUAAAUGAAAGAUAGAUGCUUUUCAAAGCAUUUUCCGGGGA